CGUUCUCGCGGAGACUGCAUCGCCAGUAUCUAGUACACACGGCCCAUGGAAACGAUACAGUUGCAUUAGAAUAGUCGCGGACUCGCCCCGACACCGGACUAUUGCUGCAGUGUUGUGUAACUGCGUAGAAGAGUGAUCUUCCAGUGAUCCAGUGAUCGGGCAGCUCCACAUUUUCCUUCUUCUACACAUGAGAAGUUCGAACGAUUUGUGACAUCUGCUUGCAUAUGCUGGGUAGAACAUUUGGCACAACAAAAACCCCCAAUUCGCUUUGGCAAAAAGCAUCAGUUCUAAGUGAAACGAAUUAGUUGUUUUGCUAUUUUUAGCAACGAUCUGUGCGCCACUCAAACAUUGGCAAUCGUGACAAAUUGAACGCACGGGGCACGGGUGCUUCAUCAGUGUGUUCUGCGGUUCUGCACAGGGGCCAGAGAAACAGAGUUUCGUUUCUUUCUUAUCAGUGAGCGGUUACGGUUAGCGCGAUAGGGCUGCUUUGUUGUGCAACACAGCAAGGGCAACUCAUCAGUUUCAGUUCUCUUCGGCUGGGUGUUUGAAGUGAUAAGCAAGAUCAGAUUCUCUGUCUCGUAGCAGAAGCAGUAGCAGUAGCACCAGCAGAUCGUAACCGAAGGAAGGCACCGUACACAUGGACAACUUCCUGACGCCGUGCCAGCAUGGAAGUACCCUCCAUGGUACGACGCUCCGGGGGCAAACUAAUAGUGCGGCAAGUAGUCAGUGGUGAGCAGCUGGCCGUAUUGCACGACCGUAUCAAAACCGAACACCACCCGGACCAAUCGGAACUCGAUCGCUUGCAGCUUAUCGAUGGUGAUAGCCAAGGUUCCGAUAACGCAACACUCACGGUUGAUAUUGAGCCGCACUCAAACAGCGUAAAGCAGCACGGUAGGCAACAACCGCUAUUGCCACAGUGUAAAAUAAAGCGAAACUAUUCGUGUUCCAGCUGCAACUACUUUACCCAAAAUCCUCGCAGCUAUCUUACGCAUCUACGCGAUACGCAUGGGGAGAAGAUAAGCGUGAACGAAUGUAAAAGAUGUCUGUACGCGUCACGACAUCAUCAAAAGCUGGCACGUCACAUGAGAAUGGUGCACGGUGUUACGGCGGAAUCUAGCAAAACGACCACACCGGGUAAUCGUGAUAGGAAGUUAAUCAAAAAAGAGUGUCCCAAGCAGCAGCAGCGACAGGGUGUGGAUACGUGUUCCCCCGGGACACUUGAGACGAAGAUAUUGGAUGCGCUUGGUAACGUAUACGCACAGCAACUUGUUGCAUCCUUGUUGAGCAACAUUGACCCGUUUUGGAGUUCGUCUGUAUUAACAAACACUGACCUGCUAAAAGCAGCAAUCAAGUCCGAAAUGGAUGACUUACAAAGUGUUUUAAAAUCUCCAAACCAGAACUCAAGUCAGAACAAAGAAAUGGAGAAAAACGUUCGAAAAUCAUCGGAAGAUAAUGAAACAACGCCGAGAAAGCGUGCCCGACCGAUCCCCAACUUGAUUCCGUUGGCACCAUCUACUCCCGUUCCGAACUCCAGGCCGGAAAAGGAACUGCUAAAGCCUGUCCCGAUGUCCGUACUGAUGCCACCGGAUGCCGGAUCGAAAGCAGCUGACACACCAGCAUCACCAGUGCGCUUAUCGUCACCACAGACCAAGUGUACCUUCUGUGAGCUCAGCUUCGAGUCUACGCUAGAUCUGGCGAACCAUAUCGCAACGUCACAUAAGGAAGAUCUUAUCACCUCCUUGCUGCAGAAAUCGAUCGACGAAUCGAACCAAAACCUUUUCCCCCAAAGUGACGCUGAUAGUGCAUCGAGCGAGAUGUGGAAAAGCUUGCUGGAAGUGAACAUGUUCAGUACGGAAUCGGCCCCAAGGGCGGGUAGCGAAGCGGAUGGGAAAACCUCCUCGAACGCCUCGAAGGAGGAUGAUGAUGUGGAAAUACUGGAAAACAAAUCGGAAACGUACUGUGGCGUUGAAACGGCACCCGGGUACGGUGAGGUGACGAGCAAGCUGUCUACCACCGAUCCCAACACAACGGGGUUAAUGAAGAAAGUGUUUAAAUGUCCACACUGUUCGUUCUGGGCGUCGACGGCUUCCCGCUUUCACGUGCAUAUAGUGGGCCAUCUCAACAAGAAACCGUUCGAAUGUUCGUUGUGCUCGUACCGGUCGAACUGGCGCUGGGACAUAACGAAGCACAUCCGCCUGAAGACGAUCCGUGAUCCGAGCCACAAAAAUGCCGGUGUGCUGAUGAACGAUGAAACGGGAAGGAGAAACUACACCAAAUACAACAAAUACAUUACGCUGAUGCAAAUUACCGACCACAGCACGAAGGAAUCGACGAGCUAUGCGAAAUCAUUCGCCGAAAGCAGCAUGUCGGAUUUAAUGACGGCUUGCACUGCGUAUAAUAUUGAUUUGAAAGCGCUAGCAAACAUACCCGGAUUUAACCUUUUGCUGGAGGAUAAGCAAAUGAACGAUGAACCAAGUGUUGGGUUGAAAAUGGAUGACAAUGGGCACUUUAAGUGCCAAUACUGCGAUCACAGGACAACAACCAAGGAGGAACUGUUGCUACACAUAACAAGCUCACACACGGGCACUUCACUUCAGCAGCUGGAAGAAGCGAUCGAGCAGGAAGCCCAACAGUCCAAAAACAGUACGGCGAAUAGUAUUUCUACACCCUCCAGUACACCAACGCCACCGGCAACGUCCGGGUUUUGUAGCCUUAGUAAAAGUGCAGCUAACACUAGCAACGAUAGUCCUACUAAUGGAACACUACUAACUGCUAGCGGUGCUGGAGAUAAAACGAACCCACCGGAACACGGUGCCGGUGAUAGAGCUGGCGAUGGUGAAGGUGGUAGCACGCAAAGGAUGGCGAUGCCCACUACCUGGCGCCAUAAUGCACCAUACCGUUGUGGCCAUUGCCAUCAGGUUUCUAACUGGAAACAUGUCAUUCAGAGACACUGUCGGCUGAAACACAACGGGCACGUUUUUAUUGAGCAUGUCAACUCGGAAAAGGAUGACCCAACCGACAGUGAUAGUCAGCAGCAGCGGAAUAGCAAACAGAACCAACAUUCCGUGUACGUGAUCGAGGAUGUGCUCCAUCAUCAAGCGACCGUCGCGACGGAUCAAACGCGAAAAUCAAUCGAAACACUCGUGGCCUCCUCCAUUCCUCCGCCGUUGGCACCGUUCAGCAUGGACGAUGUAGGCUGUCCGGCAAAUACGCUCGAACCGAUCGUGGAGAUCAUCGACAAAGAUCCGACAGAUAUGAUCAACUUCAACGGUAGCCUGCUACCGUCCACAGUGCUCGUGGACAGUGGUACAGUAGCUCCAGCAGUGCCUAGCGGACAGCUAGAAUGUAUCUCGUGCCAAUUUCGUGCAGAAACGGUAGAACAGCUAACCGAACAUCUGGAACGGCACACGUGCAACAGUCAAGCAGGACCUUCGGGCAAUUACGAUCCAUCGGGACUGCUCGAUCCCGUACCAACCACAAUGUACUACUGUCAACGCUGUCCUGCUAGAUUCUUCCACGAGAGCCAUAUUGUGGAGCACGAGGCGAAACAUGCCGCUGGAACCGAUGGCAAACCGUGCUCGUUUUGUUCGUACACUACCACGGACGAUGAUGAGCGUGGUCGGCACGAGGAGGUCCAUUCGCCUGCCUACAAUAUAAACACCGACAACUUGCAAAUCUUUCUCGCCGAAAGUAAAGAAUAUCCCAAGCCCGAGUUAACACUGAAGGAAGCCAAUGGAGAGCAACUUUUUUAUGUGGAUCUGCCAGUCGGCAAUGGUCAAACACACUCGCCAGAAAUCACGUCCACCAGAAAGAGCAAGAAAUCGGGCAAACCACGCGUACGAACGCCCGAGUCGGCGAACGGUGACGAUCUGUCGCAGCUGAGCUCGAUCUUUCUGUGCGAGUACUGCGAUCAAACGUUCGACAUGGAGUCGGAAUUAAACACACACGUCAGGACACACUUUUCCUCCAUACUGUCGCCGCAAGGUGUGUCCUACUACACCUCGCUCAGUAACACGCUGGACAAGGAGAAGAAGCUGGAGCUGAUCGUAUCGGGAUCGCAAUCGGCAAUGGCACUGCGCUACGUGUACGAUAACGCACGCAAGAAGGAUUGGAACGUGUACUCCAAGGCGGAAAGUGUUUUGUUGAAAUUUUGAGUGCGACUUUGAGUAUUGAACUUUGUUGAAUCAUUUAUCGUUUAGGUUAGGUAGCGGUAGGUUUAAGCUUGUUCUAAGAACUUUUAAGGGCCUUUUUUCGUUCAAGUCAUUGAUAAAACCCCUGAUUUCAAUUGACAGUUAAUCACGUGACCAUAGGUUAUGUAGCUUUAGUGCGAUCUAGUGCGAAAUAAACGUAAUCAUUGUUAUGCCAUUA